GGCGCCUGCGCCCGCCGGGGUGGUGCCUGAGGGGGCGGCAGCUUUCCGCUCCUUCCUGCGGGGUCGCUCCGCUCCGCCCUCCCCGAGAUGGCGGCCCAGGCUGUAAACAAGGCCGUGCCGGAGAGUGGCCGUGGGCCUGGCGGUGGCGGUCGCGGCCCUGCGGGCGCUGCGGUGAAGGUUCUUGAGUGUGGGGUCUGUGAAGAUGUGUUUUCUCUGCAAGGGGACAAAGUUCCCCGGCUGCUUUUGUGUGGCCAUACUGUCUGCCAUGACUGUCUUACCCGGCUUCCCCUUCAUGGUAGAGCAGUUCGUUGUCCUUUUGAUCGACAAGUUACUGAACUCGGAGAUUCUGGUGUCUGGGGAUUGAAAAAGAACUUUGCUUUAUUGGAACUCUUGGAACGGUUGCAGAAUGGACCUGCUGGGCAGUAUGGGACAGCCGAAGAAGGCGUUGGUCUGUCUGGAGAGAGUAUCAUUCGUUGUGAUGAAGAUGAAGCCCAUGUUGCAUCCGUGUAUUGCACUGUUUGUGCCACUCACCUGUGUGCAGACUGCUCCCAGCUUACUCAUUCUACUAAGACUCUGGCGAAGCACAGGCGUGUACCUCUUGCUGAUAAGCCUCACGAGAAGACGAUGUGCUCCCAACACCAAGUGCAUGCCAUUGAGUUUGUUUGUUUAGAAGAGGGCUGUCAAGCAAGUCCUCUCAUGUGUUGUGUCUGCAAAGAAUAUGGGAAGCAUCAAGGUCAUAAGCAUUCUGUCUUGGAACCAGAAGCGAACCAGAUUCGUGCAUCCAUUUUAGACAUGGCUCACUGUAUAAGAACUUUCACAGAAGAAAUCUCUGAUUAUUCCAGAAAAUUAGUCGGAAUUGUUCAGCAUAUAGAAGGAGGAGAACAAAUAGUUGAAGAUGGCGUUGGAAUGGCCCAUACUGAACAUGUACCAGGAACUGCAGAGAAUGCUCGCUCAUGUGUCAGAGCCUAUUUUUCUGAUCUUCAUGAAACCCUUUGUCGUCAGGAAGAAAUGGCUCUUAGUGUUGUUGACGCUCAUGUGAGAGAGAAGUUGAUUUGGCUUAGGCAACAGCAAGAAGAUAUGACCAUUCUCCUGUCACAGGUUUCAACAGCUUGCCUUCACUGUGAAAAGACUUUGCAACAGGAUGACUGCAGAGUAGUGUUGGCCAAAGAGGAAAUUACAAGAUUACUAGAGACAUUACAGAAACAGCAGCAGCAGUUUACAGAACUUGCAGAUCAUGUACAGCUGGAUGCUAGCAUACCUGUCACUUUUACAAAGGACAACAGGGUACAUAUUGGACCAAAAAUGGAAAUUCGGGUUGUUACUUUAGGAUUAGAUGGAGCUGGCAAAACAACUAUUUUGUUUAAGUUAAAGCAAGAUGAAUUCAUGCAGCCAAUUCCAACAAUAGGUUUUAAUGUUGAAACAGUAGAAUACAAGAAUUUAAAGUUUACUAUUUGGGAUGUAGGAGGAAAGCACAAAUUGAGGCCUUUGUGGAAACAUUAUUAUCUCAAUACGCAAGCGGUGGUGUUUGUUGUUGAUAGCAGUCACAGAGACAGGGUCAGUGAAGCAUACAGUGAACUUGCAAAAUUAUUAACAGAGAAGGAAUUGCGGGAUGCCUUGCUCUUGAUCUUUGCUAAUAAACAGGAUGUAGCAGGUGCUCUUCCGGUGGAAGAAAUAACAGAACUGUUGAGUCUCCACAAACUCUGCUGCGGCCGUAGCUGGUAUAUUCAGGGUUGUGAUGCCCGAAGUGGUACAGGACUUUAUGAAGGAUUAGACUGGCUUUCAAGGCAGCUAGUGGCUGCUGGUGUCCUGGAUGUGGCUUAACUUUACAUCAGCUGCAAUUUAAUGUUGUUGUUUAUGGUAUUGUUUUGUUUUGUUUGCACGAUUUAGGGUGUUGGCACCAGGUCUGCUUCCUGAAGAGGAGACUUUCUUUAAGUUGGUGGUUACAAAAAAAUAUAAACCUUCAUCCUGGAUUGGAUAAUUGGUUCAGUAAAUGUGUGUAAUUACAGUGAUUUUGAAAGUUGAUACAUCUACAUUUUGUGGGAAUGGAAGAGUGUUACAAGGAUGCCUUGAAAUUCCUUUUCGAGAUAUUGUUAAAAUUUAAAUCUUUUUCCCUGAUAAAAUAUGCAUUGGAUUUUGUGUAAUAGGUAUAAUGCAGUUGCAGUAAUUAAUUGAUAUUACAAAAAUGCUGAGUAGUUUAGAAAUACUUUCCCAUGAAGCUAUUCCAACAUCCAUCUCAAGUUUAUUAGAAUAGCCAGCUCUAUCAGUUAGAGAUAAUGGUGCUACUCUUUAAUAUCAAAAGAAUCCAUAAAUAUAAAGAUGGCAUUGAAACUUACAUGCAGCUACGCCAUGUAAAGAAAAUGCCUCCCUUAUUAUUUAUUAAUCUCCUGUUUGUUACAGAAAGGCAGCAUAACUGCACAAAGAAAAUUCAGAGUUGGAGAAAAAUGUUGCAAACAAAGGGGCUUUGGCAUUACUUAGCCACUUGUUUGGUAUCUUGGGGGCAGGGGUUAGUUGGGGGCAGGGGGGCAUUACUUAGCCACUUGUUUGGUAUCUUGGGGGCAGGGGUCAGUUUCACACUGAAUUGUUUAUGGACAUACUGUGGUGAUUCUGAGGUGAAAGUGUUUUGUGCAUACUUGGGGGACAUAAUCUGCCUUUAGAGAUGAAAUUAUUCCUGAAGAAGUCAAAUUAAAUUUUAAAAUAACUGACUUCUUAAAGAAGUAGGGUGGUGUAAUGUCAGUCCAGCUAUGUGCUUUUAUGCAGAAGUUGUAAUUCCAGAAUAAGGUAGUGGCCUUAAAAUAUCCAAUAAGACAAUGUAAAACCAGUGAACACUAAUUAUAAGUCUUUAGAAGGGUAGAUGGUAAAAUGUGAUAUAAACCUUCCAUAAUUAGAUUUUCAGUUUUUACUGUAUCUUCUACAUAAAAUUGUCACCAAUGCCUCUAUUUUUGAAGAUUACUCAUUCACAAACCCAUGAAAUACGGGUGUAGUGCUGUUCAGAUUUAGAGAAGGUUGCAGUGACUUAGUGAUACCUUUUCUUCUGCUGGACGUGCAACUUUGCAAACAAUUUUAUCUGUCUGGUGUGCACACCAGGAUCUUCUUCCCCUUUUCUCUAAGUCCAUGGCCACUGCCAGCUGAAGAAGCUAUGCCAUGGACUCUCUUGUUGGUAAAAGAAGCUACAACAACUCUGAGCAGUAGAUCAAAACUCUGUAUCAUAACGUUUCUUAUUGGAGUAGAGGUGAAUCAGGAGAACUAGAUAGUGCAAGUGAACAGUGUUCCUUCACAGAUAUUUUUGCCAUGCUGAAAAGUGUUUAUGUGUGAGAGCUCUGAACCUCACCUAGUAAAGAAAGUGUAUCCUAUUAUCUGUGGCUUUGCUUUCAUUGUAUUAUUAGGAAUUAUAUGUUGUUUUCCUGCUACAUACUGUAGGUAAAGCCAAGGAUGUAUAAACGAAUAAUUUAAUACAUUUGCACUUUUCUUCUAGAGGAAGCAGAUAAUGUAACUACUUCCUUAUUAUGACACUUGUAGUAUUUUUCUUACUUAAAUUUCAGGUAAAUUAUGUUAAAUGCAGCUUCAGAUUCAGCAAGUCUAAUGAUGUGAAUUACACCUGAAGGAACACUAAGCUUUAAAGUAGUUUAAUGUUUGUGAAGUGUUCUUCAAUGCCUAUACAUGUACACGUACUGAGACAGAGUAUUUAGUCUUUCUUUAGACAAACUGAUAAAUUUGGAAAUAGUUUAUAAUGGAGUGAAAAGUGGGGUUUUUUGCACAUACCAAACUUAAAAUUGUUCUUCCUUCCCAGCCUGUAACUUCUUGCACAGAACACAGUUGGUGGCUGUGAUUUGAGCAUUUACUUAGCCUGUGCUGCAGAGCAACCCCUGACCUAGUUAGGGCUGACUGUCCCUUCAAAGCUCUUUUUGAAAUAUGAACAAGUUCUGCUAAGUAUGGUAGAUAUCUUUUCCUGUAAUACUUUUAACAGAAGACAUGCAUUCUUUAAAAGAAUCCUGAUUUAGUUUCAUUUUACCUGCUUAGGCUUCCGUUGCACAUGCUGCUCAGUAUUGUUCUAAUUCAAAAUGUUCAAGGGGACUAGUUGGCAUUUUAUGUAACAUUAAAUUUGAGGGGAGAGGAAAAAUUCUCACUCAUGCAUAUUUUCAAGUACAAGUGAUUGCUUGUGACACAUGGAAUGCUACCAUGAAAGUGUUUUUAAAUUGAAUUUAUUUAAGAUGACUUGAAGUAAAUGUGAAAGUGUUGCAUUUGUCUGUGAACUCUUCAGUGUAGAGUACACUAAGAGGUUUAUUCGUAUUAUACAUUAAUACAACAUAUAAAUGGCUUUAGUUAUAAAUUUAAGCUUGUUUCAUCAGUUUUACUGAACUUUAGUUUUUAGUGUACUGACUUACAGAAUAUGUAAUUGGAAUAUUUCUUGAACUAGAACUCAUUAAAGCAAUGCUAACUGUUUAGAAAUUAACUGAAUUAACUUUUCAAAGGAUCUUGAUGUAAUUUUGAAAUUGAGUAAAUGCAACAUCCAGUGGCUGUGUUGUAGCUUUCUUUAAAGAACCUCAUCUAAAAAUACUGUGUCUGUGCUAACUGAACAGUCAUGUUUUAUCACUGUUUCUGUAUUGUAUCUUCAAAAUUACUGUGGGCUAUGAGGAUCUGGUUCUGAGAGUGUUGAGUAGAUGUGGAUUUAGGUAAAGAUUUCUUUAAAGAAAGAGCUCUUUUAGUAGAAGAAAUUCGUAAGCUGCUGCAAUUUGCAUUGCUCAGAAAAUAAUUUCUUUUCAAUAAAAAAUGUAAAACCUUGAGAACUCA